GGGGCUGCGUUUGGGUAGCCCGGAGGCAUGCGCAGGCCUGUAUCCACCCCUCCCUACCCCCGUGUUUAGUGGACUCUGCUGUAGCCCCGCGAAUCCCGCCAAACCCCAUUCUCUCCCCUUUCUGCUCUUAGCCUUUGUUGUGCUCCGGAACCUGCGAGCUGAGGUCCCGGACAGCAUCUCGGAACGUGUUCAGGGACCGGACCGCUCCGCCCUUCGCCAACUCUGCCACCCCAGGCCUCUCGGAUUCGUGCUCCUUGGGCCCUGGACCCCAUGGCCGAUAAGAAACUGGUGGUGGUUUUUGGAGCCACAGGUGCCCAAGGUGGCUCGGUGGCACGGACAUUGCUGGAAGAUGGGACGUUCAGGGUUCGAGUGGUAACAAGGAACCCUGAGCAGAGAGCAGCCAAAGAACUAAAGCUCCAAGGUGCUGAAGUAGUGCAAGGGGACCAGGAUGACGAGGCUAGCAUGGAGCUGGCGCUGACUGGAGCUCAUGCCGCCUUCAUUGUGACCAACUACUGGGAGAAGUGCAGUCAGGCCCGAGAAGUCCAGCAGGGUAAGCUUCUAGCAGAUUUAGCCAAACGCUUGGGCCUCCAUUAUGUGGUCUACAGUGGCCUGGAGAACAUCAGGAAGCUGACAGCUGGGAAGCUGUCAGCAGGACACUUUGAUGGCAAAGGGGAAGUGGAGGAAUAUUUCCGAGACAUCGGUGUUCCCAUGACCAGUGUGCGGCUGCCUUGCUAUUUCGAGAACCUCCUUUCCUAUUUUCUGCCCCAGAAAGCUGCAGAUGGAAAGAGCUACUUGUUGGAUUUGCCCAUGGGCGAUGUCCCCAUGGAUGGAAUGGCUGUGAGUGACCUGGGCCCCGUGGUGCUCAGCUUGCUGAAGAAGCCAGGAGAGUAUGUGGGGCAGAACAUUGGGCUUAGUACCUGCAGGCACACCGCAGAGGAGUACGCCGCUUUGCUCAGCAGGCACACCGGCAAAGCUGUACACCAUGCCAAGACAACUCCUGAAGAAUAUGAGAAGCUUGGCUUCGUGGGGGCCCGAGACUUGGCCAACAUGUUCCGCUUCUAUGCCCUGAAACCUGACCGGAACAUUGAUCUGACCCUGCGACUCAACCCCAAGGCCCAGACUUUGGACCAGUGGCUGGAGCAGCACAAAGGGGACUUUGCACAGCUGUGACCUUGAGGCACUCUUUGGGACUCCUCUAGCGGGAAAAGGAGCAGUGGUCCCAUCAAAGUCUACUGUCGACUCAAGUGAGGCAUCUCCUUGACAACUUACUGAAAUUCAUUCUAUUGUCGACUCUUAUCGGAGGCAUCUCCUUGACAACUUACUGUGCCAUAUCCAGAACAUGGGAUAAACAGAGAAGUUAUGCUGUUUGCCUGGCCUUGAACUUGGAUCCACCUGCCUCUGCCUCUACUUCCGGAGUGCUGAGAAUAAAGGUUUAUGCCACUA